UUCGUUCCUGGACGCCGACCAGAGGAGAAGAAGUCUCUAGAGACAGAGAGAGAGAGAGAGGAGGCAGCCAACCCAGAUACAGUACAGCUUCUUUUUAAGGUUGGGGUUUCUGGUUCCCGUUCUUCUUCGGUAGAUGAUUCCUGGUUCUUGAGAUCUUGAGGGUUUCUGGUCCCGCUCUUCUCCAUGAUUCCUGGUUCUUGAGUUCGUGAGGUAUCUGUUGAUCUGAGGGAGAAUUGGAUUUAAGGGGAUUUGACGGGCUCCGGCUGAAGGAUGGCAGAUUGGAACGAGCGCGAGAUUGAGGAUAUUGUUUUUGGUAAAUUUGGCGAAAACGAUGACCAAAGAGUGGCCCACCGACAUGGUAGACCAGUCAAAGAGUCUCUAGCUUCGGGUGAUAUUCUUGUCACUGGAACAAGUGAAGAUAGCAUAGUGUCCAAGACUAACGGCGUAUGGAGAAAAGAAGGGACAAACAUUUGCCCUUUGGAAAUUGGAAAUUCCAGGAUUGUUGCAGGUUUAGACAGCAACACGUGCAGCACAAGCUAUUCUAUUGGUGCAAGUAGGGGCACUGUAGAAGAGAUCGGCAUCUGCCAACUGUCAUUUGAUAAUAAUACUACAGCUGAUUCUAAACUUACUUUUUUGGAGAAUGACAAUGAUCGAGAAACCGAUCUUCUGUACUGUGACUGGUCUGAUAUAAGCAAUUUUGAGGACGUUGAUACAAUGUUCAGAAAUUGUGACCCUACGUUUGGGCAAUGGAGCAAUACAGAUGGCUGGUCACGGAUUUCAUCUUCUUCAAAUGACAUUUUUUAUCCAGAAGAUACUUUCAUUUCAGGCUUUGAAUCAUCGACUUUAGAAUUCAGAGACUUUAAUGAUGCAUCAGCAUAUUGUGCAAACAUCAGUUCCUUGCCUGAAAGCAAUACACCAGAGGUUAAUAAUCAUAGGCAAUCAUGUCUGGCCAACCAGUCCUUUGAAUUACUCAGAAGCACAGAACAGCCAUAUGAUGGUGGUGGAGGGAGCGAGACGAAAUCAGCUCUAACAGAAUUUGGCAAUGUGAAUAGCUUGAAUGAAUGUGAGUUUCAGCAGCCCCAUAUCAAUAUCCAAACAGAGCAGCUUAGUAGGCACUGCCCAUCUGAAGUAGAGGGAAAAGGUUUUGAACCUUAUCAAUCUCAGAUUCUUCCAAAGCAUAAUUGUUUCAUGAAAUCCGACCCUUCAAGUUAUAUGCCUGCCCUCAAACUUGAUGCUCAUAUUGAGGACAAACUUCUGUACCAGGAUCUUCUUAUGCCCACAAUGUCGAGCUCUAUAAAUGAAUGCAAACAAAAUCCUUCCUCCUCUUUUGAGAUCUCAGCUCAGGCUAUUAGUAACACCUCCCAUGGCAUGGAGAAUUUACCUGAUCUUAUAUCAAAAGAUCCAGUCAAGCAUCUCAAAGAAAUGGUAGAAAAACCAAGCAAAGGACUACUAGAGCUGGAUAAUUCAGUUAAGGAGCAGCCUGAUAAUCUCGAACAAAUGAUUGUUAGUGACACAGGGAACAUGGGUUUAGAGCUUCAUGCAACAGAUAUGGAUUUUACAGUGGGGAAAAGCUCGUCAAUACCAUCUGGUUUCUCUGAAGAUGCUGCUGUAAAAGCUAUUAGCUUUCAGCAACUUCAGGAUGUCAUAGGUCAGUUGGAUCUUAGAACAAAGCUAUGUAUAAGGGACAGUUUAUACCGAUUGGCCAGGAGUGCAGAACAGAGACACGGUUUUGCUGCUGCAAACAAUGAGAAUGUAGAGUGUCGAAGAGGAGUACAUGGUACAGCAAAUUUAAGAAACAGGUCUGCAGCAUACGUGGACAUGGAAACAGAGACAAAUCCCAUCGAUCGGUCGGUGGCGCACCUACUUUUCCAUAGACCGCCAGAGAGUGCAAAUAGAUUUGCUGAUGAUGAUGCUAUGUCGCUCUCGAGUCUCAUAUGAUGACGGCUUGACAGGUUAGUAAAUCCUAUCCCGCGGGAAGUAUUUGAUUUA